CCCGCAGGCCGUGCCGCUGAGCCCCCAGGCCGGGCUCGGCGGGGCUGGGAUCCAGUGGGGGAGGCGCUUUCUCCAGCUCGCCUGGGUCUCCCUGCCCCGGAGAGACCACAGAACAUCCAAAGAGCGCUCCUCCGGCCUGGAGCGUGGGGACUGGUCCUUCCCGUCCCCUCCCCCGCGGGACAAAGACCCGGCCUUCCCCAUCCUUCCUGCCAUCGGCCGGCUCGCUUGGUGGCACAGGAGCCGCGGGGGCUGCGGAGAGACGCCCCCCACCCCGCGCCCCGGCGCGCCUCCCGCUCCUGCAGACCCGGUGACAGACAUCCGGGGCCAAGAUGACGGAGCGCUUUGACUGCCACCACUGCGAGGACUCGCUCUUUGGCAGGAAGUACGUACUUCGGGAGGAGCAGCCCUACUGUGUGGCCUGCUUCGAGGCCCUGUUCGCCAGCACCUGUGAGGAGUGUGGGAAGUUGAUCGGCUGUGACUGCAAGGACUUGUCUUACAAGGACCGGCAUUGGCACGAGGCCUGUUUCCAUUGCUCUCGGUGCCGGGGCUCCCUGGUGGACAAGCCGUUCGCUGCCAAGGAGGACCAGCUGCUCUGCGCUGAGUGCUACUCUCAGGAGUACUCGUCACGAUGCCAGGAGUGCAAGAAGAGCAUCAUGCCAGGCACCCGCAAGAUGGAGUACAAGGGCAGCAGCUGGCACGAGACCUGCUUCAUCUGCCACCGCUGCCAGCAGCCCAUCGGAACCAAGAGCUUCAUCCCAAAGGACAGCGAGAACUUCUGCGUGCCCUGCUAUGAGAGGCAGUACGCCCUGCAGUGCGUGCAGUGCAAGAAGCCCAUCACCACCGGGGGCGUCACGUACCGGGAGCAGCCCUGGCAUCGCGAGUGCUUCGUGUGCACCGCCUGCAAGAAGCCCCUGUCGGGCCAGCGCUUCACGUCCCGCGACGAGUUCGCCUACUGCCUGGGCUGCUUCUGCGACCUGUACGCCAAGAAGUGCGCCGGCUGCGCCAACCCCAUCAGCGGCCUGGGCGGUACCAAGUACAUCUCCUUCGAGGAACGGCAGUGGCACAACGACUGCUUCAACUGCAAGAAGUGCUCGCUGUCGCUGGUGGGCCGAGGCUUCCUCACGGAGAGGGACGACAUCCUGUGCCCCGACUGCGGGAAGGACAUCUGAGCGACCCCGCCUCCGACUCCCCCACUCACCCAGGUCCCUGCUGGCGCUGCACACAGACGCUCUUUGCUUCCUUCGCCUCCACCGGGCAAUGCUGCAACCCGGUGCCCUGGCCACUGCGGGCCUUUCCCUCUGCGCUUCUCAGCAAUACUCACCUGUUUAAGUCCUUUAAUCCACACUCUGUGCUUGGGAAGGAGAAAACUCAUGGAAACCUUAGGCGGGAAAGGGCUUUGACUUUCUGUAAUCAAGCGAGACCAAUCCAAGUGUAAAAAUCCUGUUGAGUGAUAUCUUUAUAAACGUUUCUUUCACGCGUA